AUGUUUUCACUUCGUUUUUUCUUGCGGAAAAGCGAGAGUUUCGGUCGAGAAGGGGCCUUGAAGGGGCCGGGGGCGCAGUUUCCAAGGAGGCCCCCGGGUUCGAUCCCUCCUCUCGCCGGCGGCGGAAAAAACGGAAAGAAACGGCGGAAAGGUUGGCGCCUUCUCACGCAGCCGACCGUAACAACUCCUCCAACCCCACUCAACUCGAACCUCCGGCACGAUCUUCUUCCUUCGGGGAGGACGACGACGACGAGAAGCGUCGAGGUUAACAAGCCGUUUCCCAGGCAAAAAGCGGCGGAAAGCCUUCAGGUUACAUUAUCCGUGGCUUUUCGCGGCGGCGCAACCGCCCCAAGUGCUUCUCAAGUGGAAGGACGGCGGGCGAAAACGGCGGGGUCGGGCUGGAAUUUGGAAGCCAGUAUUGUUCUGUACGGUCUUCCCGUCCAGCCUCAGCCCAUUAUUGGGGAUCUUUGA